AAACGCAACAUGUGAAAUGUGUUUACAGGUUGGCACUUUGCGUGAAUGCGAUCAUAUUUGUCACUUUACAUUUUUCUUUCACGCUUUUACAACUUCUUUCGUUGUAACUUCUUCGAACAUGCUGAGACCUGAUUGGCUGUGUUGACAAACGCGUGCAAAAUGAGCUCUGAGGUGUGCCCAUUCUGCGGGAAAGCUUACAAAAGGUUGAAGAGUCAUCUCCCACAUUGUAAGGCAGCAGCAAGCUCCAAAACCCCUCCAACCAAACACGAUGUCCCGGGGAAUCAGACAACAUCGUCUUCUCAGCUCACUGCAAAUGUGUUCAAACCAACAGCAGACUCGACACAGACAUUGUCAAAAGAAACAAGUCCACGAUCAAAGAAGAGUAAUAAGAUGUCUCUGGCAUCAGCAGCAGAAACAACAAAGCCAUCGGCCCCGAGUUCUGCGUCACUUCCAACAUCAGCUAAGAAGAAGAAACAGAAGCUGUCCGAACAAACAGCCAACUUUCCCUCAUCUACAACCAACUCCAUUAUCUCCCCAUUGCAACCUUCCACUAUCUCUAAACCCAAAAAGCAGAUUCUCCGAGCUUUGAUAGAAGCGGAAAAAUCCAAACAGGUUUCUAAGGGCCCACUGGAGGGGACCAGAUCUGCUUCGGAGGACCUGCCCAAAACUAAUCCUGACAAAAACUCAAUAAAAGACGGGGCCAAACCCACUAAAGCCAAGAAGUCAAAGACGAAAAAGGCAGCUGCACAAUCCUUUUCUACAGCAAAAGAUGCCUCUACCUCUCUGGGCUCUAAAGAUGUCAGAGACAACGUCUGGGUGGACACUGAAAAGAAAGUGGAGGAUUUAUCUGAAAAUGAGAUGUUCUUGAAAUCAGAAAGCGGUCACCAGGCCAGGAUAACCCUCCAGGGAGUUAGAGCCAUUUUAGGCCGAGAUAACGUGGCCCGUCAGUCCAGAACCGCAAGCAUACUGAGCCAGAUUGAUACUGCGGAUGAUCUGAGCAGCAAAAUCAGUCUCAGUGCAGUCCCUCUCCCAACAGGGAAUAAAGACAGCUGCUUGGUUACAAUUAAUACCCUGUCAGACCAGCCACCUUGCACCCCUGCACAACAUACAGAGCUGCAAUCAGUUAUGAGAAUAAGUUCAAAGUCUAAACAAUUAUCACUAAUCCCCCUGCAACAGUUAGUGCUAACCCCCCCUGCAGCUCCCCUCUCUAGUGGCCCUCUACCGUCUCAGACGAGCAAGGACACGUCCCCUCCACGUACUGUCGGCAUGCAUGAGGGGAUGAAGGUUCCAGGACUCAUCACAAUAUCAUCAUCACUCACAAGAUUUUCCUGCCCUCUGACGGCACUGAGGUGUGACACAUCGAGAGCUGAUGAUGGGUUGAAGAUGAGGCACGAGGUCAGGAACCAAAACACUGCUGAUGGUACUAAAGGUGCUCUGACAGAGCGGAGUCUUGGACAGGUGAGACUGAGGGAGUUGCCUCAGUGGCUGGCCUACAAAACCCCCAGCCAUCCUAAAGAUGUAGUGAAAAUGGUGCAAGGAGGCUGGCAGUGGUAUAACAAGAAGUAUUUUGAAGUAAAGAAAGGUGGAAUAGGUGGCCUGAGCAUGUUGUUAGCAGGAUACUGUGCUAUCAGCUACAUCUGGAGUUACUCUCAUAUAAAGCGAGAUCGCAGGAGGAAGUACCACUAAUGUCAGGGGAGGAUGUUAGGACAAGCGUGACUCUGUAUAAGAAAACCUCUUCUUUGUUCAGCACUUUUUAGGCAUCUAUUCCCUUUAUAGUAAUAUAAUUAGCCCAGAUCCAAACAUGUCCACAUAUUUAAUGUAUUGAAGCUCACCUAGAUAGGAAACUACAAACAGCAGCUAGUUAGCUUAGCAUAAAGACUUGAAACACGGACAAACCGCUAGCCUCGCUCUUUCAAAUUGCUAAUCUACCUACCAGCACUUUUAAAAGCGACCCUGUAUUUUUUUAUCUAAUUUGUUUUAUCCGUAGAAUAACAGUUGUGUGGCUGUAUGCCUUUUCCCACCACUCCAGUUGCAGUUGCAUUAAUGUCCCUCCAAAAUGUCCUCAUUUUAUCGUAUUAGAUAUUUGUGGGAAAUGUGUAUAAUUAGCAUAUGACUUUUUGAGUUAUGUCCACAAAUGGCUUUUGUAAGGUCACAGUGACCUUUCACCUUUGACCUUCAACUUCUGAUCAGUUCCACCUCGAGUCAAGUGGACUUUUGUGCUAAAUUUGAAUUCCCUCCAGGCUAUCCUGAGAUAAUGUGGUUCACGAGUAUGGGGCAGACAACCCAGAAAACUUGAUGCCUCCGGUCACGGCAAUUUAGCUGUUUCCAGGCUUUAUGCUAAGCUAACCAGUUGCUGUCCGUAGCCUUAUAUUAUAAACGGGAAGGAAUAAGGUAUUCAUUAUCUGAUUUAACUAUUGAACAGAAAGGGAAUACGUUAUUUAUCUAAAAUGUAUAACUAUUCCUUUAGAACUUGAGGGGUAGUAAUUCUGACAGUAGCAGUUAAUUCAACUUUGCGCCUGCAUGAUUCAUAUGAAGUGAAAGCUGUGUGCACUGCAUCAAAUUUAUUUAUUUACUUGUAUAUGUGUAUAUGUAUUAUUUAAAUAUAUUUUAAUUUGUAUCUUGUUUUACUUUGAGAAGGAAAAAUGUUCUAAAGAACCACUGAAUAUUCGUUUUUAUUGUGAUUGUUUCAGUCCCACUGUUGUUCCAAAGGGCUCCACUAGGUGUCAUUGUUGUGUUUUGUUACUAAAACCAAAAGGGCUUGGCAGUCAAAUGUUUGCUCUGCAGAGUUUUCUUAGCUCCUUUGUGCAGAGGCAAUGGGGCUGGGGUCCAUGAGGGGAUUAAAGGGAACCAAGAGAUGUUUUAACUUGAUUAAAAUCUUGCUAUGGCAGUGCAGAUUCAGACAAAAAUGAACAUGUCCUGACUUCAGAAUGUGCUGAAAGAUCUUAUCUAGGCUAACAAAUGUGUUUUUCUUUUGGAUAUGCUUCCCUGUCACAUGUUAUUAUGCAUGCUUAGUCUGCCGGUGCCUGUAUGUGAACACUCACAGAAUAGUAAUGGAGGGACGCUGAAGGAGGAUCUGGUCUGGACUGCAGCGUAUUGUUAUUGUAUUCAAAAUGAAUUUAUUGUUGACUCUCUUUGCUGCUGUAGUGAACACACAUUGGCUACAAAUGAAGAAAUUACAGUAUUUUUGUAACAAUUUUUCUCGACUCCACUUCAUAGCCAACACAAUAAAAAAUAAUUUCCAUUUUG